AUGCUUAUUGGUCACGAAGAAUACGCUACAACUUUGGAUAGAAUGAGUUUAGUGUAUCGUGCUCGUGGUGAUGAUAACAAAGGCAUGACCUCUUCUCAAGAAACAUUACGCAGACGAUAUUUAUUACUUGAUAAAGAUUAUCUUCAUCUUGCUUCUACUUAUUAUCAACAUAGUCUCACACAUAAUGAUCGUGCUGAAUAG